GUACGUCCAGCGCGAAGGGGCCGCCCGGACGCAGGCACGCAGGCGCGCAGGCACGCACGCCCUCUAUUAGCGCGGCCGUAUUAGCUCCUGUGUCCUGCAGCCGCCCUGUGCACCUGGCCAAGAUGCUAAGGGCCUGUCAGUUGUCCGGCAUGACCGCCGCUGCCCAGAGUUGUCUAUGUGGGAAGUUUGUCCUCCGUCCCUUACGACCAUGCCGAAGAUAUUCUACUUCAGGCAGUUCCGGGUUAUCUGCUGGCAAAAUUGCUGGAGCUGGGUUUUUGUUUAUUGGUGGAGGUAUUGGUGGCACUAUCCUGUAUGCCAAAUUGGACUCUCAUUUCCGGGAAAGUGUAGAGAAGACCAUACCCUAUUCAGACAAACUCUUUGAGAUGGUUCUUGGCUCCCCACCUUAUAAUGUUCCAUUACCAAAGAAACCGUCUGGUUCACCAAAAAUCCCUAGUAUAUCAGAGGUAAUGCAAGAAUCCAAACAGCCUGCCUCACAACUCCAAAAACAGAAGAAAGACACUCCAGCUGCAUCAACAGCACCUACAGAGGCAGCUCACAUUAUUUCUGCAGCAGAUGAUACACCGUCGGUCCCAGCCCCUGCGGUUCAUCUUGAGGAACAUAAAAAAACCAAUCACCCUGAAAUUUGUGAAGGAAAACCCAAGCCUGCAGCUUCAGAGGAAGCAUCCUCAACUUCUGUAAGGGAGCGACCACCUGAAGAAGUAGCAGCUCGCCUUGCGCUACAGGAGAAGCAAGAACAAGUUAAGCUUGAGUCUUUAACCAGGAGAUUAGAAGAUGCUCUGAAACAAACUGCUUCCAUCACUGUGCAAGCCAUUGCUGCUCAGAAUGCUGCAGUCCAGGCUGUCAACGCCCAUUCUAACAUCCUGAAAACAGCCAUGGACAAUUCUGAGACUGUGUGUGAGAAGAAGUCAGCCCAGUGGCGCACAGUGGAGGGUGCAUUGAAGGAGCGCAGGAAGGCCGUAGACGAGGCUGCGGAUGCCCUUCUCAAAGCCAAAGAAGAGUUAGAGAAGAUGAAACAAGUAAUUGAACAUGCAAAGAAAGAAGAGGUUGCUGGGGCCAAAUCUCAUAUCACUGCAGCAGAAGGGAAACUUCAUACCAUGAUUGUUGAUCUGGAUAAUAUGGUCCAGAAGGUGCAAGCAGCUCAAUCUGAAGCUAAAGUUGUAUCUCAGUAUCAUGAGUUAGUGGUCAAAGCUCGGGAUGACUUUAAGCGAGAAUUAGACAGUAUUACUCCUGAUGUCCUGCCGGGGUGGAAAGGAAUGAGUAAGUACCAUGGAACUGAUAAACUGUCUACAGAUGAUUUGAACUCCCUGAUUGCUCAUGCACAUCGCCGCAUUGACCAGCUAAACAAGGAACUGGCACAACAGAAAGCCACAGAGAAACAGCACAUUGCAUUAGCUUUGGAAAAACAAAAGCUGGAAGAAAGGCGGGCAUUUGAUUCGGCAGUGGCAAAAGCAUUAGAACAUCACAGAAGUGAAAUACAGGCUGAGCAGGAUAAAAAGGUAGAUGAAGUCAGAGAUGCCAUGGAAAAUGAAAUGAGAACCCAGCUUCGCCGACAGGCUGCUGCCCAUACUGAUCACUUACGGGAUGUCCUUAGGGUACAAGAACAGGAACUGAAAUAUGAAUUUGAGCAGGACUUGUCUGAGAAACUUGGUGAACAAGAAUUACAGUUUCGUCGACUUAGUCAAGAACAAGUUGACAAUUUUACUCUGGAUAUAAAUGCUGCUUAUGCCAGACUGAGAGGAAUCGAACAGGCUGUUCAGAGUCAUGCAGUUGCUGAAGAGGAGGCCAGAAAAGCCCACCAACUCUGGUUGUCAGUGGAGGCAUUAAAGUACAGCAUGAAGACAGCAUCUGCAGAUCUGCCCACUGUUCCACUGGGUAGUGCGGUUGAGGCCAUCAGAGCCAGCUGUUCUGAUAGUGAAUUUGCCCAAACUUUAACUGCAGCUAUCCCUCCAGAGUCCCUGACCCGUGGGGUAUACAGUGAAGAGACCCUUAGAGUUCGUUUCUAUGCUGUCCAAAAACUGGCCCAAAGGGUAGCAAUGAUUGAUGAAACAAGAAAUAGCUUGUAUCAAUACUUCCUCUCCUAUUUGCAGUCCCUGCUUUUGUUUCCACCUCAGCAACUGAAGCCACCAGCAGAGCUCAGCCCUGAGGAUUUAAAUACAUUUAAAUUACUGUCAUAUGCCUCCUAUUGCAUUGAGCAUGGUGAUCUGGAGCUGGCUGCAAAGUUUGUCAAUCAGCUGAAAGGGGAAUCCAGACGAGUGGCACAGGACUGGCUGAAGGAAGCCCGAAUGACCCUAGAAACUAAACAGAUAGUGGAAAUCCUGACAGCAUAUGCCAGCGCCGUAGGAAUAGGAACCACUCAAGUACAGCAAGAGUAAGGUUUAGGGAGAAUUCUGUAAAGUAUUUCAUGUCAAAGGAAAUCACAGUGAUAUAUGAAGGGUUUGGAUUAGGAUCCCAGAAUGGUCUAGAAAUGAGCAGGUUACAGUACUGAUCUAAAUGUUAACACCUGUUGCAUUUAUAUUAUUUCCACUUGCUAUCAUGUCGGUCAACACCGGGAAUACUUUCUUUGCAACUUGUGUAGCAUUUUCUGUUUUUCAGGUUUUACUGAUCAGGCUUGUGAGCCAAUCAAAAUAAUGUUUGUGAUCACUAUUAAUACUGAUUUUGCUCUUGGAGCAAACCAAAUAAAACAAAAAAGAUGAAAACUGA